CAGUACACACUGGUGAAACGUUAAGAACGCCAAGUGAAAUGUUCACAAAAAAUUAACGAAAAAUAAAAUAGAAACAACUCAAGACAACGCGAGAAAUGUAUUAAACGGUUUUACUUUAUAGGCUUUAAGUCAACAUCUUUGAAAAUAUUGAGUCAGUUCUAGACAAGACAAGCGACGGCGUGUAGCAUUUAACGGGCCGCGAUUGGCGGGCGGAUUUCGGAAUAUGUUGUGCGAGUGUGUGUGUGUGCGUUCGUUCGUAUACAUGUGAUAUAAUUUACUAACAUAUAAAUUGUCAUAGUUAAGAAAAUAAAAAUGGCAAAUUAAUACAUACCAUCGUCGUAAACGUAAAUAGGCACAAGUCGUUCCAAAAUAAAACAACAGAAUUGUUACAACGAAAACCUAACAAAAGUGCAUCAACAAAUAAGAACCAAAGAACCAUCAACAUUUCAAUUUCAAUUCGGUUCACUUCGAAAAAUAAAUGUUCAAUUCUCAACGUGUAUCAGUGAAAUAUGAAAAAAUGCCUAACGUAACCUUCAGUAGUCAAAUAUCUCAAAGCGACAGCAGUGAGUUUAUCACCAUCAAGCCGCCCAAGAAAUCAGCCUCAUUCUCCAAGUUCACACCCUCAACAGCAUCGCCGUCACCACCAUCUUCACCCACAAGUGGCGCUGGUCCUUUGGUACGUUACUCUGCCCGCAGUCCGUGUGAUUCAUGUGGUCAUCAUAACAUACCCGUCAUGACACAUCCCAUAUCUCCGCUGGCCAAAUCUCAGACAAAUUUAGAAUUAAUGGAAACCAAUAAUGCGCGACAGGCCCUUCUGCCAGCCAACAACCACAACAGCCAUGAUAUGCACAGAGAUGAGGCUUCAUAUUCAUCGUUACCCCACACCCUGCAAGUUUCGCGAAGACCUUCGGUGCUGCUGCAAGAAAUAUUGGGUGGUCGUAAGGAGCAUGGGGGUGGUGGUAUAUUUGCACGGAAAAAAUCUGCACAUGCUGGCACCAUUAAUGGAACCGUGACGGGCAGUACAAUAACCAUACAGGGCGACACCGGAGGAGCGAAGAGUUUCCAGGCCAAACAGCAGAAGGAGAAAAAUCGACGGCAGGGAAAUGAUGCCAUAAGUGCAGCUCUUUCAGCCACCUAUUGUAAAGUUUUGGUCCUACUGGGUGUUUGUCUACCAAUAACGGAGGUUAUUACGGAACAAAUUCCCACCUAUGUCUAUCAGGGAUUCUAUGUUUAUCUCUAUGUGCUUAGCAUAGUUUUUGUUACAUUUUUGUAUAUCUCAGCGUUUCGGAAUCGUACCCUUAUCAAUGCCCUGAAAAAUUAUCACGAACGCAACAAUGUGCAUUUAAAACACAAAGUCACACAUUUCGGUAGUUUCUAUUUGAGAGUGGGUGCCAUAGCAUUUGCCAUUGGUACCAUGGUCUAUUCAGGUUUGGAAUUUGGUCAAUUUUUCGAACUGAAUGGCCACGCCGGAUGUCGGGAUGUAUUUGUGGCCAUAACGCCCCUGUGUCGCAUGGUCUUGUGUAUAGCCCAGGUACAAUUUAUUUUCUUGAAUACAACCUAUUUGGAUAUGGCGCGGCAUAAGGUGUUCUCGCGCUUUGGUUUGAUGCACAUGGUGGCCACCAACUUGUGUGAAUGGUUGUAUGUUUUGGUGGAAGAGACCAAACAUGAAAUAUUCCAUAUUGGUCAUCACGAAGAGGGUUCCGAUCAUGAUGCUAUGAGCGGUUCACAUGGUGGCGUCGAUUGGACGGCAGUAAAUGCAUCACUGCAUCAUACCAAACAUAUUGGGGAGAAUGCCAAAAAUAGUACCAUUGCAGCAGUUGUAGGUCAUGUUCUGCAAAAUGUUACAGCGGCUGCGGCCACCACCACCGAGGCGGCAACAGCAGCGGCUCAUGGUUGUUCUCGUACCACCAUUAUGGGAGCAUUGGUGCAGAAAUUGUCCCCCUUCCUCUUCCCCUGCACCAUUGAAUAUUCCCUGAUAUGUGCGGUUAUUUUAUAUGAAAUGUGGAAAACCGUAAAAUCUAUACCAGAUAUUGAUAAAUCGCGGAAAAACUCCGUAAAGCCGGUACAUCAAAAGCCUGCUCAUCAUUUCUCGGUAGACUGCUCCCAAUCACAUAGAGGUCUCUUCUUUGGUAUUUUGAUCAUUGUCAUGACCAUUAUAUCAAUGAUUAUGUAUUUUGUACUGUACAUGCAACCGGGUUACGAAUUGGUUGCCACACAAGAAGUUACGUUAUGGGAAACGGCCAUAUAUUUCUUGUGCGCAGCGGCAAUUAUUACAGGCAUGAUACUGAUGCGGGACUUGAAAUAUAUCAAGGAUACCAGUGAUGAACAUCAUUCCAUGGAAUUGGAUAAUCUACUGCUUGUGGUGGCCCAAACAGGAGCCUACCUCUACGGCAUGUUCAGCAUAUUGGGCAGCUACUUCUCCGAAUGGGACACAGUGCCGGAUCGUGUUGAGGGCAUUAUUGCCGAAGUUUUUAAUAUAUUACAAACGGCCCUGCAAACAAUGUUCAUCCUUCACGCCAGUCAUCGUCGUUGUAAAGGCUCAAAACAGAUUCGUCGCAAACCGGGUCGAGAAAUUAUCACAUUCCUCUUGGUAGCCAAUAUGGCGAUAUGGUUUGUAAACACGCUCAUCAAGGGUCGGGCAGUGUUUCGUCAAACCCAUUUGGAAUUCUACGGUGCCUGGGCUUGGACCAUUAUAACACAUGUUUCAAUGCCUUUGGCUAUAUUCUAUCGAUUCCAUUCGACAAUAUGUCUCUUUGAAGUAUGGAAAAUCACAUACAAGGCCAAAGCACAUUAAAUUAAUGAUAGUAGUUUAUUUUUUGUUUUGUUAUAAAUAAUUUGUAUUAUAAAUAUUUCUAUGGUAGAAUAAUACAGUAUUUUAAAUUAGUUAAAGUGUUACUUUUCAUAGGCAUAAGUUGUUAAAUUAUUAAAAAAUAAAUAAAAAAAACAAUUUGGAAAAUAUAAA